AUGCUGUAUUUAACAUUGGUGGUAGCGUUCAAGCUUUUACGAGUAGGCAUUUCCACUGUAGCCUAUUAUCCAGCUGAGAUAAAUUUCACUUUACUUGGAUUUACUUUGUCCAUUACACAGUAUACAAAUUUUCAGCAUACACCGUCUCAAACAGAACCAAAUAUUUCAAAUUUCGAUAAGUUUCUUGAUGAAACAUUGGAUAGGAUAUCAACAGUCCCUUUAGAUAUAUUAUACGAAAAAUAUUUCAAAUACUCAAGACUAGAAGGGAAUCAAUCAGUUACCACGGAUGAAAUUCAAUAUAAUGAGACGACAAGUCGUACGUUCAAUUUUCCAAGUUCAAGUGGUAAUCAUUUGAAAGAUAUUUCGAACGGUUACAACCGUAAAAAUAACAAAAAACGUUCCUUCAAAAUUUCAAGGAGCCUCGUAAUUGGAGACGCUGAUAGUACACACUGUCCGCGCAUAAAUAUUAUUGAGAAACAGGAUUUACCAGGCUAUCCAGAUUGGCCAGGAAUGGUUUGUUACAAUAGUGAGGGAAGAUACGCUGAAUUUGAUGCCAGUAGUAGAGAGGUGACUUAUUACUAUGUAGUGUUUUUAAACUCCAAACGUUUGGCAAUGAGUAAAGUUCCGGCAAACAGAAUACAUAAGUUCACCACAUUUAAUGAAGUGGAUUUAAGCAAAAUUCCUAAACGAUUCUGGAGAAGAUUACAAGCUGCUGGACAAGAAGCUGAAAAUGCUCUACUUUUGAGUGUAAAAAAUAGAAUAGCAAUAUAUGGAUAUCAUCAUAAAUAUGAAGAUAUUCCAGUUAAGGUCAGCAUCGAAAACUUGGAAGCACUGGACGGCCGUUUCGUAUUUAUUUCUAGUCAAGUUAAAAACAGUUCAAGACUUUAUCAAGAGAAAUCACAAACUAUUUCAAAUGAAAUUAAACGAAAAAGAGUUUACAAAAGGAAAAUACCACCAAUUCAUUCUUGUUCAAUAAAUGAAAAUUCAAACAGACUAACUGACUAUCAAUUGGAUACUAAUUCUAAUUACACAUCACAUAUGAUCCCAUCUAGCGAAGAGAAACUUUCCAAUGCAAUCAUAAAUGGUAAUACAAAUGUCCACAAAGUAAUGCCUGUAAGUAAUCAUAUAUCUGACAAUUAUAAUAAAGAAUCAAAUAACAUUUCAUUGAAUAAUAAUUCCAUAGAAUAUCAACAAUUAGAUCUUUCAUUGAAAAGUAAUGUAUUGGCAAAAUCAAAUAAUAAAACAUUUGAUACACAGUAUAAUAAUACUGAUAUAAACAUUGAUAAUGAUGUAUUACUUAAUGAUAAUACAUGCCAGAAAAUGAUAAUGAAUGAUAAAAUUAGUUCGAUUGAUUGUUAUUCACCUAGUUUUCUUAAACCAAUUGAAUGUGAUCAAAUAAUGAAAGAGUUCAUAUGUUCUAUUGAUAAUUGUUCAAAUCUUAAUAUUGAAACAACUAAUAUCCAAAUGAAUAAUACCAUAUAUUUAGAACAGAAUAAUCUCUCAUUAGAUAAUUAUGAAAAUAAUAAACCUAAAAGUAAUUUAAUAAGAAAUCAGAAUUAUUUCAAACUAACUUAUAAUGACUUAUUGGUUUAUUCUAAUAAUGUUAUUGCCAAUAUUAAUGAUAUUCCAAUGUCACCAGAUUAUAGUAAUAAGGAUACAGUUCAACACUUGUCAUUGAAUUCUAGUAAAAAGAUUUUAUAUGAAAACAUUCCAUUCUAUUAUCAAUAUUUUGGAAGUAAUGAAGCUUAA